UCGCUCCUUAAAUGUCAAAAUGUUUGACGGCUGAAACAACUGUUGGUGGAAUCCGUGGAUGCUAAGUGACACGCAAUCAUGACAAUUCACAACUUGUAUAUUUUUUCGAAAACUGGAACGUUGCUGUACUAUACUGAGUGGAAUAGAUUAAACAAAUCAGGGAUAACAAAGGAAGAGGAAGCAAAGUUAAUGUAUGGAAUGUUAUUCUCCAUAAAAUCGUUUGUAAGUAAAAUCUCGCCAUUGGACUCGAAAGAGGGAUUUUUGUACUAUAAAACAAGCAAAUAUACACUUCAUUAUUUUGAAACGCCAUCGGGUCUCAAGUUUAUCUUGAACACUGACAAUGCGAGUCAGACUGCCAGGGAAUUGUUACAGCAAUUGUACAGAGAAGUAUACCUGGAAUAUGUAAUAAAGAAUCCACUCUGCCAAUUAAAUGAACCUAUACAGAGCGAAUUAUUUAAAAUGAAAGUAGAUGAGUUGUUUAAAAAAUCUCCUUUAUUUCUAAGUCGAUCGAUCUAGAAUAUACAAAUAUAUAUACAAAAAAGAAUUGACUUUUCUUAAAUAAUUUACUAAACCAAGCAUUCCUUAAUGUAUCAUUUUAUAUUUAUUUGUUGAAAUUUUAAUUCUACGUGAUUUCGGAUCAAUCAGUAACACGAAAUAGUAAUUACAGAUAUAUCUCAGGUUUUAGUAUUCUUAGAGAUUGUAGAAGUCUCUUUAGUUUUCCCAUUUUUUCAACAAAUAAAUCAAUGUCCAGAUGAUUUAUUUGUUUAAAAUUACUUAAGUUACUUGUGCAAUUAAGCUUAUUAAAUUAAAUGCAAUUUUACACUUUUAAGUUAUAGAUAAUCUACUCCUUUGAGCAGCUCGCAAAGCCUACGUGUAUAUAUAAUAUUGUUUAAGAAUAAAGCCUAUUACAACAAUAACUUAUGAUAGGAAUAAAAGGAUUGUAUGAUUUUUACAGUAA